AUGACAACCUUGACUGCAUCUAUUUGUUGGAAUGUUCUGGCUCACAAAAGUGAUGAUGUUGGCGAAGUUGGAGUUAAAAUAUAUCAGAAGCCGGAAGGAAAUGACAUAUAUGAACUGAGGAGGAAGAAGAUUCCACCACUCUGCAAAGAAAAUGAAAAUCCUGAUGCAGUCUGGUAUGUUCCCAUGAAGACUUGUUUGCACCCAAUUCCAUCUGGAAUUGAACAACAUGGAGCAGAGUGGCCUGAGGAAUGGCCCAAGAGACUCGAAACUUAUCCUGAUUGGGUGAACAACAAAGAGAAAGUGGUUGCAGACACCAAUCACUGGAAUGCAGUUGUUAAUAAGUCAUAUAUCAGUGGAUUGGGCAUUAACUGGAGAAGUAUCCGGAAUGUAAUGGACAUGAAAUCCAUCUACGGAGGAUUGGCUGUAGCUCUCUCUCAACAAAAGGUCUGGGUGAUGAAUGUAGUGCCUGCUCAUGCACCUGAUACACUUCCAAUCAUUUUUGAACGUGGGCUUAUUGGUAUAUACCAUGAUUGGUGUGAGUCAUUUGGCACUUAUCCAAGAACAUAUGACCUUUUGCAUGCUGACCAUUUGUUCUCACGGCUCAAAAACAGGUGCAAGCAGCCUGUGUCGAUUGUUGUUGAGAUGGACCGUAUAUUACGGCCAGGAGGUUGGACAAUCAUACGUGACAAAGUUGAAAUUCUAAAUCCAUUGGAAGAAAUAUUGAAAAGCAUGAAGUGGGAGAUUAGGAUGGCUUUUGCUCAGGAUAAGGAGGGUAUCCUGUGUGCACAGAAAACUAUUUAUUUGAAUGAUUCAAAAUUUGGAAAAUUGGUGAAACGUUCAGGAAUAUCGUAG